UAAGUAGUAUUGUUCUGGAAGGAGGAACACAGACGUUGAGAAACUGUUCCCCCCGACUUCCAAUUAUUUAUUAACUUGUUUUUCUUGUAGAAAUCUCUUUGUUUGUGUUGAUUAAAUUAUCGGUUAUUAAACUGUAAAGGUUACUGAACGCGGAGAAACGUUAAAAGCCGCCAUGUCGUCACCGUUGGAGAUGACGGAGAUGUACGACAACGCUCUGCUGGGGAUCCUGCAGCACGUCGGGAACAUCCAGGACUUCUUACAGAUCUAUUUCGGGUUCCUGUACCGCAAGACGGACUUCUACCGGCUGUUGUCCGGCCCCAGCGACCAGAUGGGGUUCCCCCCGGGUGUAGCAGAGAAGAUGGUGUUAAAGACGUAUCGGCUGUUUGAGAAGGUCGCGGAUCACGACAGAGAGAGGAAGCUGAGUGAGCUGCGGAGGAAACAGGAGAGUCAGUGUCUUCCUCCUGCUGCCAUUCAGGAGCUGGAGAUCGCAGCAGAGGAGACGGAGGAGCAGAGCACAGAGGGAGCACAGGCUCAGAGCUCCUCAUCAGACCCUGCAAGCGUCCCAGACCCGGCCCCUUCAGAAGCGUCAGGCGGCUCUCAGCCCAGCAGCAGUGACAGCAGCGGUACUGGAUCAGGACCGACGUCUCAGGGAGCUGCAGCCUGCACAAACCCCGGAGAGGAGGGUCAGGGGACGUUCCAGGCUCACCCCGACAGUUACAACGGAGCCGUGAGAGACAACUACACCUGGUCUCAGGACUACACCGACGUGGAGGUCCGAGUGCUCGUGCCAAAAACAGUCGUUAAAGGAAGACAGGUCAGCGUGAGUCUGCAGACCAGCAGCGUCCGAGUGUGUAUGAGGGACGGAGCCGAGGAGACCACGCUGAUGGAGGGAGAGUUCAUGCACAAGAUCAACUCUGAGAACUCUCUGUGGAGUCUGGAGCCCGGGAACUGUGUGGUGCUGUCGCUCAGUAAGACGUCGGAGGUUUGGUGGAACGCCGUGCUGAAAGGAGAGCAGGAGAUCGAUGUAAACCAAAUAAACCGGGAGCGCUCGAUGGCGUCGGUGGACGACGAGGAGCACGCCGUCCUGGACAGACUCACCUUCGACUACCAUCAGAAGCUGCAGGGCAAACCGCAGAGCCACGAAAUAAAGGUGCACGAGAUGCUGAAGAAGGGCUGGGACGCCGAGGGCUCGCCGUUUAAAGGGCAGCAGUUCGACCCCUCCAUGUUUGACAUCCCGCCGAGCGCCGUGCAGUUCUGAAACGCCGCCAAGAAGGAACGCUGCCGGCGGCGGCGUCUGAUCACGAGCCAAAAAAAACGAACUCAGUUCUACUUUAUUCAGAGGAAGCGUCGGCAGAGAAGUCUUCUCUUCCCUGCAGGAGGUUUGUGUUUAACGGUCAGAGCCGAGCUGUGUGACGAUGACGUGUCACUAUAUCAAACGUGAAGUUGAUGUUUUGACAUUUUGAAAAGUGAUAAAGAAAUGUGUGCUUCGUAAA